AUGUUACAUCUAUUUGUUAAGAGUUCAGCUAAUUUGUGUAGACUCAAAUCAUCAUCAUCAUCAUCAUCAUCAUCAUCAUCAUCAUCAUCAUCAUCAUCAUCAUCAUCAUCAUCAUCAUCAUCAUCAUCAUCAUCAUCAUCAUCAUCAUCAUCAUCAUCAUCAUCAUCAUCAUCAUCAUCAUCAUCAUCAUCAUCAUCAUCAUCAUCAUCAUCAUCAUCAUCAUCAUCAUCAUCAUCAUCAUCAUCAUCAUCAUCAUCAUCAUCAUCAUCAUCAUCAUCAUCAUCAUCAUCAUCAUCAUCAUCAUCAUCAUCAUCAUCAUCAUCAUCAUCAUCAUCAUCAUCAUCAUCAUCAUCCAAAUCAUCAUCAUCAUCAUCAUCAUCAUCAUCAUCAUCAUCAUCAUCAUCAUCAUCAUCAUCAUCAUCAUCAUCAUCAUCAUCAUCAUCAUCAUCAUCAUCAUCAUCAUCAUCAUCAUCAUCAUCAUCAUCAUCAUCAUCAUCAUCAUCAUCAUCAUCAUCAUCAUCAUCAUCAUCAUCAUCAUCAUCAUCAUCAUCAUCAUCAUCAUCAUCAUCAUCAUCAUCAUCAUCAUCAUCAUCAUCAGAAUAA